AUGGACCCUAGCCUUGCUACCUACGAAUCUGUCAACAAAAUCACUCUUGAUUUUAUUCUCACGUGUACACCAAUAUGUGUGGUGGUCUCAAUCCUAAGAUAUAUCUCCUCCUUAAAACUAGUGAUUUUACCUCCUUAUUUUUGGGUUCCACUAAUAUAUAAAUACACACAAGGGUCUUUGUUCAUUCAAGCUGAACCAAGACCUUUUCAAAUCUACAGCAUAUCUCUAACUCUCUUCUUUCUAGAGUUAGGAGGAGGAGGAGAGAAGUUGUUUGUGUUCCAAUUCCAAAGAUUCAGGAAAUCAGGGAAAGAAGCCGCAGGGAUUUUCUCAAAUUCAUCAAUGGCCAAGGGAAUAAAAAACUUGAGUUUGUGGAUGGAGGUUGCUCCGCCGCCAAUAAUUUUCCCAACCAAGCCUUCCAAUUCGCCUGCUUUGGAGACCAUCAUGGAAGAAGUUGCAGAGGAAUACAGCGACAAACCUUCAAUCAAUUCCCUCCUCAAGAAGCAAUUGACGCAAGAUUUUGAAGCUUACGAAGACAAUUUAGUUGUCAAAAUAAGUUCUUCACAACAACUUUGUACAGUUAAUUGA